AUGAUUCUCACUCGAGCCCUAUCCCUCCUCGUGGCCAGCUGCUCUAUCCACCACUGUCUCGCAGACGCAGAUGUAAACGCAGACGUGGGAACCAACCAGCUCCCUACCCUAUCAGAGCGGGAGUUCACUCCUCUCGAAGAAGCCUCGCUCGUUAAGCGCAACAACCCGACGUGUCCUGACGGCGGGACGUGCCUUCUCGGAAACUGCUGUGGUAGUGGAUGUGCGGCGAACUGUUGCGGGCAUGAUGACGGUGGAGUUGGGUGUGGGAUCACUGAACAGUGUAAAUUCGAUGGAAAUGUGUUCAUCGGAUGUUGUGCGAAUGUUUUCGGCUGUACGGGUACUGCUACAAGGAUCACAAUUCAUACGCCGUAUAGCACGGUGACAUUCCGGUCGGAUUCACCUGCUACAGCAGUGACGGCUGUUACAACCGAUGCAGGGGAGAGUCUGCGUUUGACUUCGACUUCGACUUCGACUUCGACGUCUCUGUCUGCAGAGGCAACGCCCACAUCUACGACGGACACUUCAACAUCCUCUAAGACUACCCGAGAGUCAGAGAUUGAAUCCAGUACUGCUACUACGACUAGUUCGGGAGUCACCUCAGAAAGAACCCAUUCUCAUGAGGAGCAGACUCCUACGCGUCAGGACUCGAGCUCCAGCUCCAGCUCCACCUCGGGGUCGGAUUCUGAGGCUACACCGAAUGCGGCGGUGGGAAUGACCUACGGUGUUGAGAUGGGAGCCACAAGUGAUGACGAGGAUGAUGUUAUACCAUUCAGUGACAUUGACUAUGAGGAUAAUACGGACUAUGACGACGACGACGACUACGACGACGACAAUCUGAAUGAUGAUGAUGAUGAUGAUAUCACUAGUAGCAGAUGCAAUCGCUUCUAA